CCACACACGUAUCCCGAACCCUCUCUCUCUCUCUCUCCCCUCUAAACCAGAAAAAACAGUAACAGUUUCCGCAUUCCCACCAAGAAAAUAUAACUAGAAACUUUCCCACUCGUCCCCCACAUUUUCCAACAAACCAAACAUGCAUAUCUACUCUCUCUACCUCCUCUCUCUCAUCCUCACCACCUCCUCCACAUCUCUCUCUCAACCCACUACCCAACUCACCAUUCUCAUGUCCAUCAAAGCCUCUCUCGACCCCCAAAACCUCCACCUCUCCUCUUGGUCCUCCUCCUCCACCGCCGACCCGUGCGACGGUUCCUUCGAUGGCGUCGCCUGCGACGAGCUCGGCCGCGUAGUCAACAUCUCGCUGCAAGGCCAAGGCCUCGCCGGAAAAAUACCGGCGGAGAUUGGUCAGCUGAAGAGCUUGUCUGGGCUCUACUUGCAUUUCAAUGAGCUCAAUGGAGUUGUGCCAGAGGAGAUAGCGAAUCUCAGUCAGCUCUCUGAUUUGUAUCUCAAUGUUAAUAAUCUUUCUGGGGAAAUACCUCCUGUGAUUGGAACCAUGGCUAAUCUCCAAGUGUUGCAACUGUGUUACAACAAGUUGACUGGAAGCAUACCUACUCAGCUGGGGUCUUUGGAGAAGCUCAGCGAUCUUGCUUUACAAUAUAAUCAAUUAACCGGUGCAAUUCCAGCGAGUUUGGGGGAUUUGAUGAUGUUAAAAAGGUUGGAUUUGGGUUUUAAUCACCUCUUUGGUUCAAUCCCAGUAAAAUUAGCCAAUCCACCGUUGCUAGAAGUUUUAGACAUCCAAAACAAUACUCUAUCCGGCAGAGUCCCCACAGCUCUAAAGAGAUUAAACGAAGGAUUCGUGUAUGCAAACAACACAGGCUUAUGUGGAGUUGGUUUUUCUUCCUUGGAAGUUUGUGCUGCUUCGGAUAAUACAAGCGCCAACAAACCAGAACCAUUAGAUCCUGACUCAAACGGUCUUCCUAAAACAGAUAACCCAGAGGCGGCAAAUUUCCAAACAAAUUGCACCCAUACCCAUUGUUCAAAUCAGGCGAGAAGGCCACAAAUUGCUGUCAUAUUUGUAGCAAUUGGAGUGAUAGUUGCACUAACAAUUUCCGGGCUUCUCACAUUCUUAUUGUACCGUUGCCGAAAACAGAAAAUCGAAAGUGCUUUUGAUACUUCAGAUAAUCGACUUAGUACUGACCAGGUCGGGGAGGUUUACAGGAAGAGUGCCUCGACGCUCAUCUCUCUCGAGUAUUCGAAUGAGUGGGACCCAAUGGCUAAAGGUCGAAGUGGAAAUGGGUUCUCUCAAGAAAUUCUUGAAAGCUUUAUCUUCAACCUUGAAGAUGUUGAGUCUGCCACUCAGUACUUCUCGGACGUUAACUUGUUUGGCAAGAGUAGUUUCUCAGUUAUCUACAAGGGGAUUUUGAGGGAUGGUUCUGUUGUUACUAUCAAUUGCAUUGCAAAGAGUAGCUGUAAGUCUGAUGAAGCUGACUUCUUGAAUGGAUUGAAGGUUUUGACAUUGUUGGAACACAGAAAUCUUCUUAGGUUGAGAGGCUUUUGCUGUUCAAGUGGCAGGGGAGAGUGUUUUCUCGUCUAUGAUUUUGUCCCAAAUGGGAACUUGUUGCAGUAUCUCAAUGUAAAGGCUAGCAGUGGGAAAAUUCUUGAAUGGUCUACCAGGACAUCUAUUAUUCGAGGCAUCGCCAAAGGUAUCGGAUACUUGCACAAAGAAAACGGAAGUAAACCUGCUUUACUUCACCGAAAUUUAUCUGCUGAGAAAGUGCUCAUCGACUUACAAUAUAACCCAUUGCUCUCCGAUGCUGGCCUACACAUGCUCCUGGCAGAUGACAUUAUAUUUUCCACACUCAAGGGUAGUGCAGCAAUGGGAUACCUUGCCCCUGAGUACACUACCACUGGCCGGUUCACUGAAAAGAGUGAUGUAUACGCAUUUGGUAUGAUUAUGUUUCAAAUCCUGUCCGGAAAAAGCAAGAUUACCCAGUUGAAUCGUCAAGGGGCUGAUUCAUGCAAAUUCGAAGACUUCAUUGACAAGAAUCUUGAUGGAAACUUCUCGGAACCUGAAGCGGCUAAGUUGGGUAGGAUUGCUUUACUUUGCACACACGAAUCUCCUGAUCAUAGGCCCGAUAUGGAAACUGUGAUGCAAGAACUAAAUGAACUCUGCAUUUGCUGAAUUCUUUAUGAACACAAGUUCUUUGGUAUCUUAUUUCUCAAUCCCAUGUGUUUUUUUAAACUUAUUUUCUAAACCCAAGUUGUUUUAUAAAAUUGUGUUUUGAAAACCCGAUUUUGAGCCUCGAAGUUCUGUUGUCAAAACAUGACUUGAAAUAACAAUCUGGGUUCGAGAAAAAAGCUCAAAAUGUCCUGUAUUUAGGUAAUAAGUUUCAAACAACUCAGGUUUGGUAAAUAACUCGAUGUUGAAUGUUCCAAUUAUUGUAGUUUGUAGGUAGAGAGGGCCUAUUAUAGUACCCGUUAUGCGAUUUUGACCUUGAAUGCUUCUAUCACUGAUCUUUUUGAGCUAGACUAAUCUCAUUAGAGUUGUUAUUUGUAUAUUUUUUUUUUUCAUUUUGUCAUUAGGCUGAAAUUUUGAAUUACUUUAUUCUCCUUUUGUAAUAUUUAGUUGUGACAAGAUAGCUUGGAAAAGAAAAUGAAAUGCUUCAAUGUGACAAUUGUUUGGUGAAUGAGAUCAAUGCUUUUUGAGUUGA